UUCUUCAACUUCAGGACCACUACAGACUGUCUAAAAACUGAUAACAUCAACGACUCAUACUACUAGAUAGGACAACCAAGUAUGGUUCUCAGGUAUACCGCGAUCGUCUGCUUUAUGUGCCUUAUAGGCGUCCAACAGAUACUAACAGAAGACACGGCAGCGGGAGGAGUGGACUAUCUCUAUCGUUAUGGAUACCUCAAGAUGCCCGAUUUCAAGUCUGGCGAGCUGCAGUCACGUGACGAGUUGAUAGACGCGAUCAAAUCAAUGCAAAGGUUCAUGGGACUGCCGGAGACAGGAGAAAUUGACGCUGAUACGAUGGCGAUGAUGCAGAAGCCUCGUUGUGGCCUACCGGAUAUCAUGGGAACAUCGGAGGACGCGAGAAAGAAAAGAUACGCACUGGUCGGAAAAUGGGAAAAGAAUGACCUGACAUACAAAAUACUCAACUACACACCAGACCUGGCCGAGGCCGACACAUCGGAAACAAUUCGUCUAGCUUUCGAUAUUUGGCAAGCUGUCACGCCACUCACAUUUACGGAAAUAUACGACGGCACUCCCGAUAUCAACAUCUUAUUCGCACGUGGUUAUCAUGGUGAUGGUGGGCCAUUCGAUGGUCCAGGUGGGACGUUGGCGCAUGCGUACUUUCCUGGAGGUGGUCUUGGUGGAGAUGCCCACUUUGAUGACGACGAGACGUUUACUAUUCGCACCUAUGACGGUACCAACUUAUUGCAGGUAGCCGCUCAUGAAUUUGGCCAUAGUCUGGGAUUGGGUCAUUCUUCUGUGUAUGGUGCGUUGAUGGCGCCCUACUACCAGGGUUAUGCACCAGAUUACGUUCUGCCCGAAGACGACAAAAGGGGAAUUCAGGCGUUAUAUGGCUCUGCUCCAAGUGGUCCUGUCGAACCUGAAAUGCCGGAAAUUACCAACAUGCCAGGUAAACCAAUUGUACCCACAUACGGUCCGUGUGAAACAGGAUAUGACGCAAUUAGUAGUAUUCGAGGGGAGUUAUUUAUUUUCAAGGACGAUCAGUUUUGGAGAUUGCGAGAAUUUGGGAAAGUGCUGUCAGGAUACCCAGUCAAAAAUAGUUUAUUUUGGUACGAUAUGCCUAAUAAUAUAGACGCAACAUACGAAAGAUAUGACAACAUAAUUAUGUUCUUUAAAGGCACUAAAUACUGGGAGUAUACGGCCAAUUAUCCUGACUCUGAUUCCCCUAAAUACACCAACUAUCUCGGUUUGCCAAAUAAUAUUGAUGCUGCAUUAGUGUGGGAAAACAACGGAAAGACUUACUUCUUUAAAGGCAAACAAUACUGGCGAUAUGAUGAAUACAACCAGCAAGUCGACCCUGGCUACCCGCGCCAGAUAUAUACCACCUGGAAGGGGGUUCCAAAUAACAUUGACGCUGCUUUUAAUUGGAAAGACGGGUACACGUAUUUUUUCAAAGGCGAUAACUACUGGAAGUUUGACGCCAAUACAAUGGAAGUAGAUCCAGGCUACCCCCGUAAGAUUGCCGUUGAUUGGAUGGGAUGCAACAGUCUGACCGAAGAGAACAACGAGCAGGAGAAUGGAAUUGGAACAGGGGAAAUCUCCUCAUCGCAACAAAUCCUACUCUCACCUGUUGUAAUUUUAUCAACAUUUAUUUUAUUUUUCAUUCUUUUCACAAAUUGAAAAUAAAACGACAUGUGGCGGUGUAAAGUGUAACUACACGACUACGUAUAAUACAUAGUCUUAAUUUUACAGGGUCAUAAACUGGUGUUUAUAUUUUUUCUGAAAAAACCGUACGGUAUAUCGCGUAUAAUUUCGUAAACGAAUAUAUUAAAGCAUUUGUUUUUUAUACAGUAUUUCAUAAACAUUUUCUUGACAAAGCUUAAUUUAUUCUGUAGUUUCUAAGAAACUAUAUUUGUAUAUUAUCUAUCUGAAAACUUCUACGUUGUUUUAUUUAAAUAUAUAUUCAAACCAUGUGGUCACUCCGACCACGAACAUACUAAUUGUCAGUACGUCCAUGCUCUGACGUUUUUGUUAAUGUAAACCAUGUACUUGUGUACAUUGCAUUCAUGUGUAUGACGUCACGUGGCUUUGACGUAUUGCCAUAUUUGUUGACGUAAAUAAUAUAAAUAUGGUUAACAGGAAGAUAUGCUGCCAAUUAUUGCUCACAGACCAAAUAUUUAUAUUUUUCUAGAUAUUAUUUGCAUUAUUGUAUAUUUUUAACGUUGUACCUUGCUGGCAAGGAUGUACAUGUAUUAAUAAACACACUCGCAACAAAGCAUCAAACAAA